UUUCACGGCCCUUCUCGAAGUAUCUGAGAGUGAGCACGAAAGUACUAGAUUUCUCCCUCCUUCGCUUUUAAAUACCUGAUGUAUGCCCCUCCUUCACCAACAAAACAUUCUUAAUUAAUUCGUGAUAAAUCCGUAGCAUCGUGGACACACUUUUUUAAUCUCUUUCAAUUCUCAAUCUCCAUAAUUCGAAAAUGUCGUUGAUUCCUAAUUUUUUUGGCGAGCGGAGGAGCAGCGUUUUCGAUCCCUUCUCUCUCGAUGUCUGGGAUCCCUUCAAGGACUUUCGUUUUCCUUCUUCUCUCUCAACUAUUUACCGGGAAAAUUCUGUAUUCGUCGGAACUCGGAUUGACUGGAAGGAGACCCCGGAGGCACACGUUUUCAAAGCCGAUCUUCCAGGGCUGAAGAAGGAGGAGGUCAAGGUUGAGAUCGAAGACAACAGUGUGCUUCAGAUAAGCGGAGAGAGGAAGGUGGAGAAAGAAGACAAGAACGACACGUGGCACCGUGUGGAGCGUAGCAGUGGCAAGUUCUUGAGGAGAUUCAGGCUGCCGGAGAACGCCAAAAUGGAUCGAGUGAAGGCUUCCAUGGAGAAUGGGGUUCUCACUGUCACUGUUCCCAAGGAAGAGGUCAAAAAGCCUGAGGUUAAGGCCAUUGAGAUCUCGGGUUGAGAAUAAUGAAUGAGGAUUCUUUGCUUAUGCCUGCUGUCUUUCUGGGUUUAUGCUCGUGAAUGUUUGUCAUAUGCAUCAGAAAUUCUCAACGCUGUGGAUGCUUGUAAAAUUUCACUUGGGUUUUUGGUUUUGAUGAGUGUGGUUUUGUAAUUAAAUGUAAGCUGAUUUUCCCUCUGUAAUGUCAUGUUGUCUUCCUUCUUAAUUCUUUAAUUUCUUGUUCUUUUAAACUCGUGGGCGGAAUUUGUGGGAAUUGACAGUGACAUUGUUUUGGGAAGACGCAGUGAGUGAGUGAUAUUGUAAAUUACAACAAACCAAUUGUAAAAUGAUACGUUUCAUUACAAAAUU